AUGGUGGAUCACUUGCUGCCUACUGAUGAAUCCUUUUCAUCUACAAGAUCUUCUCUUGGAUACUUUGGGGACAUGACAGCAGGGGUGAGGUCCUACCAAAUGCUGCCCUCUCCCCUGUCAGAAGAUGACAGCGACUCGUCCAGCUUUUGUUCUUGUUCCAGCCCUGACUCCCAGGUUCUCAGCUCCAGCUAUGGAAGCACGUCCAGUGCAGAAAGUCAGGACAGUAUCUUAGACUACUUAUUGUCCCAGGCAUCUUUGGGGAACACCGCUGCGUCAUGGUGGGACAAAAGGAGACUUCAGCCGAUAGUGAAGGAGGAGUACUUUAGGUUGCCUGAAUUUGCCGUGGAUAUGGAAGACUCUGGACCAUUUCAGCCCACGCUUGAGGAAAUUGAGGAAUUUCUGGAGGAGAACAUGGAGUUGGAGCUCAAAGAAAGACCUAAAAGUGAGACCAAGGACUUGAGAGCUUGCAGCCAAGUUUCUAUUGCUUCACUACAGCAAAAAGACCAUAUGUUACCCAGCGCUAGUUUAAAAGAGAGUAAAAACGAACAGUUGAGCUGCUCAACGGAAGGUGGCCAAGCUUCAAAUGGAGGAAUGUCCCUGGAGAACGGGAUACCGGUUAUGCUCCAAAUUCAGCCUGUACAGAUCAAACAGGAGUCCAACACGAGCCCUAGUUCCCAAGGACCAGCACAAGAGAACAUUAAAAUUGCACAGCUCCUAGUCAACAUCCAAGGACAGACAUUUGCCCUUGUGCCGCAGAUAGUUCAGUCGUCCAAUUUGAACUUGUCCUCUAAAUUUGUCCGCAUUGCUCCCGUCCCCAUCGCUGCCAAGCCAAUUGGGCCAGGAGGCAUGAUCCAGGGUCAGACAGGAAUCAUCAUGGGUCAGAAAUUUCAAAAGAACCCUGCAGCAGAACUCAUUAAAAUGCACAAAUGUUCUUUUCCUGGUUGUACCAAGAUGUACACGAAAAGCAGCCAUUUGAAAGCCCACCUGAGGAGGCAUACAGGAGAAAAGCCUUUUGCGUGCACGUGGCCAGGUUGCGGAUGGAGGUUCUCCAGGUCAGAUGAGCUGUCCCGGCACAGGCGCUCCCACUCAGGGGUGAAACCCUAUCAGUGUCCUGUCUGUGAGAAGAAGUUUGCGCGAAGUGACCACUUGUCCAAACAUGUCAAGGUGCAUCGGUUCCCACGAAGCAACCGCUCCGUCCGCUCUGUGAACUGA